AUGUUGGUCAAAAUUCAGAAGACAGCUAGUUGCUUGAUCUACAUCUUAAUUGAACGUCAAAUACGAGCAGCCAAGCUUGAACAGUUGCUACUAGAUUACAUAUCAUGCAAGCAUCAUGAUAAGUUCUGCAAAUCUUCAAUGGGAUCUAUUACUUCAGAAAAAACUGUUGAAUUUGCACGCGACUGCCCGCCAUAUGCCACUGUAAUGAGUAGCCAGCCGCGAUACAAAAUCGAGAAACGUUCGAAGCGCUUUUCAAAGACAGCUCAAAUUGAACUAGAAAACUGGUAA